CUCUGUAUGCAUCCGCCUCGGGUCCAUUCGCUGGGCUCAUCCUUCUAGCCAUAUCAUCUCCCUGGGUCAAUGCGAAAGGUGCUGCUUGGUCGAGCUUGCUGGUUUGUGUGCUCCAGCUGUGGCACGCAGUGGGGAAAACCUUCUUUACAGAGCCACGGGCGCCGGCAUUUGUGGGAACGCUUGAUCGUUGCCCCGUGGCGGAAAACAGUACGGCUGAAAGCCGGACUCUCGCAGCCACGCCACACUCCAUGUUGACACGGAGUUCUCAAGGAUUUCCUCUGUAUGAGCUCGCAUUCUUUUGGAGCUCUUUUAUUGGUGCCUUACUUACAAUAUUUCUUGGGACUGCAAUCAGCGUCCUAACAGGUGGAGUCAAAACAUGUAAAGACAACCUGAGUCUCACAAGCCCCCUCUUUUUGAGCCUUUGGAGGCGCUUCAAGUUUCUUGCCCAAAUAAUUCAGGUUGACAAAGAAGCAAAAAAUGGCCACGGAAAAUUGCUUCCCGGGGAUGAAGACGUAACUGAAGAAACCAUACUUGGUGCCGAGAUCUCUUUAGAGAAACAAGAUAACUAUUUCCUGGAAACUCUGGCAUAGUAACGAACACCAGUGCCAAAUAUUUCUUUAUAGGUCUUGCAGCUACAUGUGAUAUCAAGGAGCAAACACUUCAGAAACAUGUAAAUUUUCACAUAAAUAUGGCAAUAAACCCAUUAUCUUCAU